AUGUCGAAUGCACCCUAUAGUGAAAUUUUGGAUCUAAUUGGGGGUGCACCAACUGAAAAAAUUAUUGGCGGUAUUUUAGCACAAACUGGGGAAAUUCCCUAUCAAGUUGCGUUAAGAUUACAUGGCUUUUAUUUCUGUGGUGGUGCUAUUAUCUCAUCAACACAUAUUUUAACUGCAGCUCAUUGCGUUAAAAAAUACGAAGCAUCAAUUGAAUAUAAAUAUAUUGAAAUAUUGAGUGGAACUAAUAAUUUAAAAAGCGGUGGCAAUUCUAAUAAAAUAAAAUCCAUUAACAGUCAUCCAAAUUACGUAAUUACUCCAAAAAAUAGACCGAAAUUCAUAAAUGACACUGCAUAUGACAUUGCAAUUAUAACUUUGGAAAAGGCAAUUCAAUUCAACGAUGUUCAGAAAUCUAUUAAACUAACUAAUAGAGAUGAUUAUAAUGGAUAUAAAGGAAUUGUUUCCGGUUGGGGUUACACAGAUUUGUCUGUUAAUAAAAGUUCUUCAUAUUUGAAAAAACUAAAUACCAAUAUUUUCAGUGGCGCCCAGUGUUCUGAACUUAAUACUCAAAUUUGUUCACGUUCAACUUUCAGCAAUGGAUUAUGUUUUGGUGACAGUGGAAGUCCAUUGACUGUGAAUGGAGAACUUGUUGGAAUAGCGGCAUAUGUUUCAAAGUAUGGCUGUGCGUCUGGUUUGAAUGAUGGUUUUACAAAAAUUUUUAGCUACAAAUCUUUUAUAAAAGAAAUAACGCAAAUUAAAGAAGAAGUACCAUUAAAUAAUUAUCCAAAUGAUUUUUCAGAAAAUCCAAACAAAUAUUUUCCAAAUCGAGGAAGACCUAAUAACAAUACACCUCCUCUAGGCUUUCUUUACAAAAAUGUUUCAUAUUCAGAAAGACCUAAUAAUUAUUUAAAUUCUUUAGGCAUUCCGUACGAACAAUUUAAAAAUACAAGAAAACCUAACGAGAAGGUAUAUUUUACAAGGCGAAAUGGUUUAUGGUAUCAAAUACCUUACAAAUUAGAAAAAAAAAAUUAUGAAGAUAUAUAUAGAAGGCCAUUAACAAAAUAAGUUUUAUUUAUUUUUAUCCUGAAAUUGUCAAUUUGUAGAAUUAAAACAUAAAUCUAAAGCGUCAAAAAAAUUUUUUCUUAAUAUACAUUACGAAUCCGAUGUCAGUUUUUCAAAAGUCAAAAUGUUGGAUCCAAUAUGGCGGACUUUUUUUUAAAAAACCGUUUGGAUUCGCUUGAAUCUUAUUAAUAGAGGGCUUUAAAAAAUGUGAGAAAUAUAAAGCAAAACAAUUCCAAGACAAAUGAUAGCCGAUCUUAAUAGUGAACAAAACGUUUCAGAUAAUAAAAGAAUUUUUUACAGUUUGAUAUUAAUUCCAUACAUAUUCCACUUUGAAUUUUAAAAACUAACAUCGGAUUCGUAAUCAGCGACCCCAAAAACCCACGAGUAAUAAUUUUUUAAACGAUUUUGAUUAAUUAUGGAAAAUUCUGCCGCCAUAUUGGAUCCGCCAUUUUGAAUUUUGAAAAAAUGACAUCAAAUCAUUUUUCACAAAUUACGUAAAUUUCUUCCUUUAAGAGGUAAUAUUUGCGGGUUUAUGACUCCCAUAACAGAAACUCACUUGAAUUUUUGAUUUUUGUCAAUUUAGUUAAUAAUAACAAGCUGAACUCAUUUACCCCAAAAAAUUUUAAAACUCAGUGUAAAUGGGGACAGCUUGUUAACCAAAUUGAGAAAAAUUAAAAAUUCAAGUGGAUUUUUGUUAUACGAGUCUUAAGGAAUAAGAAAAAAUUUUUGUAUGAUUUUUCAGUCUCCAACUCUCUAUUAGAAUAAUUUCGAUUGUAUAGAAUUGAAUAAAUCAAUCGAAGAUCAGAAAAUAUAUCAUUAAGCAGGAGUGUAUAAAUUUAAAAUUAAAGUUCCUUUUUUUAAUUUUGUGGUUUUGUAUGGUCUAAAACAAUCCUUAAAUUAUGUGAGAAAAAUUUCGGUGCGUAAAAUAAAUUUCACCCCGUUUGAAAAAGAGCUUCUUUACACACACUUUUCGGUGUGUAAAAUUUAACUUUAGAGGUUAGUGUUGCAAAAAUUAUAUUUUUAGUUUAUUUUUAUAGCUCUAAUAUGCCUACAGUUUUUUGGAAAUUAUAGCGGUGCCACUGCAAAAGGAACCUUAAAAAUACAUUGAAUUGUAAGCUGACAUUAUGUAAAAUGUAAAAUUUAAUUUUAAAAGUAUUUGGUAAAUACGAAUAAAUUAUUAAUUUGGAAAAACUACU